GGCCGAAUCUUCAGCUGAUCGUCAGUGAUUUUCAUCUCAGCACCACCGACAUCCUCAUCCAGCCGAUUCGCGCUGAUGUUUGGGAAAAUGAGUCCCUUUGAAUCAAACAUCGGUCUAUGUAACGCGCAGAUGUCAGAACUGUUUUUUAAAGCAUCUUUGGCCGUGUCGCACCUUGUAGCGCGAGGAUGAUGCCUGGAGCUCGCGCGUCUCUGGAUGUAGCGCAUGCAAAUUGAUGCGUGUGCUCGCGCGUGUCCUUGAGUCGAGCACCACCAGCUUGGGAUGUUUCUCAUUCUCACAGCCGAUUGUAUCUUGAAACGAAAGCACAUGGCGAUAAAAUAAGAUUUUAUGUGUAUUUUAGCUCUUGUAUGCGCUGGAGAACACCGCUGGCGCGUCGCCUGUAAUGGAGGAGACGAGAUGAGAAAGUGAAGGCGUGUUUGGAGAGCAGUCUUUAUUUGUGUUGAGAAUCAUCUGUGUUACUGUUAAAAUGCCGAGGAGUUUACGCAGAAUGGUGCACCUGGUGCUCUUCUGUCCCCUGUCUAAGGGUUUACAGUCCCGUUUACCUGCAGUUAAGGUCAAGUACCUGUUGGUGGCGUGGUUUGGGAUUCUGGUGGCCAGCUGGGUGAUCUAUAUGCAGUAUUCCUCUUAUUCAGAGCUCUGCAGAGGACACGUUUGUACCAUGCUCAUCUGUGAUCACUAUCGCAGAGGUAUUAUCUCGGGAUCAGUUUGCAAGUCUCUCUGCGAGGAGAAAACUCUGUCUCUUCAACGAUGUCUUUCAGUGACACCAACCUACCAGGUAUACAGUGCUGUGUGGAAGGAGAAAGCUGUACUGGUAAAGUGUGGGAUUGAAGAGAGCAUGAGAGGAGAAAACGGUCCUGACUCUCUACGGCAUGACAACAGCCUCUACGAUAAACCCACCCGCGGGACAUCCAUGGAUGAAUUCAGAGUGAUGCUGCAUUCCUUUCUCAAGGACAGUGUUGGUGAGCAGUCAUCUCUUGGCACACUUGUAAAUCGUGUCAUUUCUCUGGCGGAUGUCAAUGGCGAUGGCAAAGUUUCGUUAGCGGAAGCUAAAUCCGUGUGGGCUUUGCUUCAGAUCAAUGAAUUUGUUUUAAUGGUGGCACUGCAAGAUAAAGAACAUGCUCCCCGCUUGCUGGGGUUCUGCGGAGACCUUUACGUGACUGAACAUGUAGCACACAGCGCCCUCUUCAGGUUGGAGGUGCCCGGUUGGCUGCAGCCAGUGUUUCCCGAGGCACUUAGUGUCGCUCUUAACCAGUGGCUUGCUCCUGCGUGGCCCCGUAGGGCUCGGAUCACCAUCGGCCUGCUGGAGUUCGUCGAAGAGGUAUUCCAUGGAGUACAUGGAAGCUUCUACAUAUGUGAUGCAAGCCCAAGACGGGUCGGCUACAAUGAGAAAUACGACUUCAAAAUGGCAGACCUUCAAAGCAUAGCAUCGGAGGCAACAGUCAAGGGGUUCCUGCGAGGGAGGACUUGCGAGGCAAACGGCGAUUGCACUUACGGGCGGGAUUGUACCGCAACGUGUGACCGAUUGGCAAGACAGUGCAACGUGGAGGUGGUGCAGCCCAACUUGGCCAAGGUCUGCGCGCUCCUGCAAGACUUCCUGCUUUUCGGAGCACCAUCAGACCUGAGGGAGGACCUGGAGAAACAGUUACGCACCUGUGUGACUCUCAGUGGACUGGCCUCGCAGAUGGAGGUGCAUCAUUCCCUUGUUUUGAACAACCUCAAAACAUUACUGUGGAAGAAGAUCUCAAAUACCAAAUACUCUUGAGACCAGCAUGAUUAUCAAGAGAAAGGCAAUGAAGAGCAAGAGAAUUGGAGCCUUCCAAAGAACAAAAGUGGGAUCAGUACAGUAGGUUCUGGGGCCUCAUCACAAAAGCUGAACUCAUCCACUACAGACUGCAAAUUCGUCGAACAUCAAUUGCGAACAUGGAAAGUUGGUGAAUGGAAGUUUUGAAAGGGCAUACACUACAUCCCCACCCUCUGUUUUACUUCAACAACUCAACUGAAGAACCUUGAACCUUAUAGAAACACAUAUAGAACACUUUUUUUCUUUGCCCAAAAGGUUCAAGGUGAAGACAUUUUUCUGACCAUGCAACUCCUUCCCAAAUGAGUUCGUUUUGGUGAACAUUUGCUUAGGGAUCUGGGCUGCAAGCACAAGGAUUGCAGGGCUAGUUUCUAGUAGAAGAAACCCAAGGAAAGAGUUUCCAAUAGGACAGUCUUGCUCUAUAUCCCCAUUUUCUUUGACUUUAGUGACUCAGAUGAAAAUCCUUUAAUGCUAAUAGAAAAACUUUCGGAACAAUCUUUUUCUUUUUGCUUUUGCCAAGACUUAAUUGGAGAAAACCAACUGUAGGACGUUUCUUUGAACAUGUAUCCCCUCCACGUAUGAUAUCUUGUGUUCUGCUUGGUGUAAUUGUGGGUAAGGAUCUGGGUUGCAAGCACAAGGAUAAUAGGGUUAGUUCCAAGAAUUAACCCAUGGAAAGGAAACUUUCAGACAGGACCAUCAUGCUCUACAUCUACACCCUCUAUUUUACUUAAAAGAAUCUCCUGAAGACCCUUUAGCCCUAUAGAAACACCUUCAGAAGAAUCUCUUUCCAUUAGCUGAAAAGCUGAAAAGUCCAAGGUGAAGUAAGGAACAAAGAUAAUCGAAGGACAUUUCUUUGACCGUGCAACCCCUUCUCAAAUGAGUCCUUCUUGGUGAACUUCUGGUUAAGGAUCUGGGCUGCAAGCACAAGGAUAGUAGGGUAAAUUCCAAGAAGUCACCCAAUGAAAGAGUAUGGUCUGGCUCUACAACCACAACACCCUUAAGCAAGACAUGCAACGUUUGGUUCAACCAGCAGGAUUGUUCCUGGAACACUACUCUUGAAGGAUAAACUAUAGCCACAACUAUUUUGACUUUCACUACAGAAGAAAUGUAUCUUUAGUGAUGUCUGGAAGCACUCUAACUUUGAAGUCAGGAAGUGUUGGGACUGUAAACCAAAACAUCCAACACAACCAAGAAGUCAACACUGAAUUAAUUAAAUAGAAACGAGUGAAAGCUAUAUAUUAUGUCUUUUUACAGGGUGUAUGUUGUUUUAAGUGUGUGUGCUUGUUUUAGAAUGAUGUUUCGCAGGAAGUACUUUUUCAAGCAGUCUGGAGAGUUUGUGGUUGGAUUUGUACUUGAACUGUGAGAUUACCUACUGUGUUUCUCAGGGUCUGAAUGUGUUUGGAAAGAAAAUUACUAUUAAAGGGGUUAGUUCAACAACAACAAAAUGAGGCUGUGUUUUACUCAUCCUUGAGGCAUCCUAGGUGUAUAUGACUUUCUUAUUUCAGAUGAAACCAGUAGGAGUCAUAUUAAGAGUCUAUUCCAAGCUCUAUCAUUGCAGUCAGUGGGUGUUGCAGUUGAACAGUCCACAAAUCGUCAAAUACAGCACAUGCAUCCAUAAUAAAACAUUUCUCACACGGCUUCAGGGGGUGAAUUAAGGCCUCCUGUAGCGAAUUCAUCAAAAAAAAUUAUGUUUGAAAUAUUGAUAUUUAUAUUCCAAAAAUGCACUGAUUCACUAUAAGAGGCCUUUAUUUACCCCCUGGAACCAUCUGAUAAACAUUUUAUUACAGAAGUGCGAACUUUAUUUCACGUCUUCUGAACUGUUGACAACCAACACUUGUUUACCUCCAUCGAAAGGCUUGGAGGGGCCAGGAUAAUUUUUAAUAUAACUCUGAUUGGAUUUGUCUUAAAGAAGAAAGUCACAUUCACAUAGGAUGCGUUGAGGGUGAUUAAAACUUGGGGUAAUUUUCAUUUUUGGGUGAACUAACCCUUUAACAUUAAUCCUAGAUUCAAUGGAAUUAUGGUGUCAAUAUAAACAAAUUACACCAUUAAAGGAAUCAGUCUAGUGUGACUGUCUAUGUGCAGGCUUAUAAAACAUGUCUGCAUAUAAACCUGAAAGUGUGUGUGUGCAUACUGUAAACCUCUCCUUGACUGUCAGUAGGCAGUUUUAUAAACAUCUCUUACAAUAGUGUAACAAAUCAAAUCUCAUUUUAUUACUGCUAAACAAUAUACACAUCCUACAAAUAACCAACUAGUAUCAAGUGCACAUUUAAAAACUUUGGUUUGCACUUUUCACUUUCAAGAUCAUUCUCCUCCAUUAACUUGGGAACGAUCCUGACAUUUUUUUGUUUCCUUGCACAGAUUCGGGUACAUUUAGGUGAUUUUGAGUUGAUUUCACAGACAUAAAUCACAAAGGAUAAUGAGUUUCUGUCAUAGUGUUCAGUUAUCUUUAGUACAAUUUCGCAUUAUGAAAUGAUUUUAUGCACUAUUAAGUCAUGUUUAUUGUGUUACUUUGUGCAUCUGUAAGGAGAGCAGCACAAUUACCAUGGGUUUAGUGCUCAAGGCUCCUAAAUACUAAUUUAUUUUCACCUCCAUCCAUUUGUUCAGCUGUUAUUCAC